CGGCCUCAAGGAGUCACGGAGCUCACCCUCCCGGCGCCCUUUGACGGAAGAACCCCCCCGCCCCCCGUCUCGCCGCACGGAUCCAAAACCCUAGCGCACUCCGCGGCGCGCGCGACGGCCCCCUCCCCGGAGAGCCGGCUCGGAGAUGAUGCAGCAGCAGCAGCCGCCGCAGCCGCCGCAGCACCCGCCGCCUCAGGCCGGCGGCGAGUUCUACCGAGGCCCGCCGCAGCCGCCGAUGCGGCAGCUCUCAGCGGCGUCCUCCACCAACGUCCCCGGAGACUACCCCCAGCACCCGGGCCACCCGCCGCUGCAGCAGAGCCAGCCUCCGUACGACGCUCAUGGGGACAAUUUCGGCGCUAAAAGGAUGCGGAAGCCUGUCCAGAGGCGAACGGUGGACUACACAAGCACAGUCGUCCGCUAUGUUCAAGCUCGCAUGUGGCAGCGGGAUGCUAGGGACCGACACACGUUGCAGCCGACACCAGCUGCUGUUCUGGAUAUGUUGCCGUCUGUUGCAUACCCAGAUAAUCCAUCAACAAGUUUUGCUGCAAAAUUUGUUCAUUCAUCAAUAAACAAGAACAGGUGCUCUAUUAAUCGGGUGUUGUGGACUCCCACAGGGCGUCGGCUUAUUACAGGAUCGCAGAGUGGUGAAUUCACCCUAUGGAAUGGUCAAUCUUUUAAUUUUGAAAUGAUCCUCCAGGCUCAUGACCAAGCUGUAAGAUCAAUGAUUUGGAGUAACAAUGAGAAUUGGAUGGUCACUGGUGAUGAUGGUGGUGCAAUCAAGUAUUGGCAAAGUAACAUGAACAAUGUUAAAGUGAAUAAAACAGCCCACAGAGAAUCAGUUCGUGACUUGAGCUUUUGUAGAACAGACCUAAAGUUUUGCUCCUGUUCUGAUGACACUACUGUGAAGGUUUGGGACUUCGCAAGAUGUCAGGAAGAAAGAUCAUUAACUGGCCAUGGUUGGGAUGUUAAAAGUGUCGAUUGGCAUCCUACAAAAUCUUUACUAGUUUCAGGCGGUAAAGACUAUCUUGUCAAACUUUGGGAUGCAAAAAGUGGUAGAGAGCUACGUUCAUUCCAUGGUCAUAAAAACAUUGUACAAUGUGUAAAGUGGAAUCAGAAUGGGAACUGGGUGUUGACUGCCUCCAAGGACCAGAUUAUUAAGCUAUAUGAUAUCAGAUCCAUGAAAGAGCUUGAAUCCUUCCGUGGACACAACAAGGAUGUAACUGCUUUGGCAUGGCAUCCGUUUCAUGAAGAGUAUUUUGUUAGCGGGAGCUAUGAUGGAGCGAUCUUUCAUUGGUUGGUUGGCCAUGAAACUCCACAGAUAGAAAUAAACAACGCACAUGACAAUAGUGUGUGGGACCUUGCCUGGCAUCCUGUCGGUUAUCUACUUUGCAGUGGGGGCAAUGAUCAUGCCACGCGAUUUUGGUGUAGAAAUAGACCUGGUGAUCUUACCCGUGAUAAAUACAACAGUGGACAGAUUCAAGGUUACGGUGACCAACAUCCUGCUUUUUCUGGUCGUGCUAUGGGUGGAUUCCAAAUGUCUGAGCCUUCAACAACACGUGGGCCAUUUAAUACUGGAUUGUCACGAAAUGAAGGUACAAUUCCUGGCAUUGGGGUUGCAAUGCCUCUUGAUGGAUCCGACCAUGGAGAACAAAGGCCAUCGAUACCUGGCCUUCCACCUGGGCAACCUCCCUUGCCGCCUGGUCCCCAUCCAUCUCUUCUAGCUGCUGGGCAGCAGCAACAAUAUCAACAGAUGCAGCAGCAGCAUCCUCAAUUUCCACAGCAGUUAACUUCUCGUCCACCACCUCCAAAUAUGCCUCAGUUGCAGCCCCCAGCACACAUGCUUCCACAUGCUCAAGGAUCUCGACCGCCACUUCCUCAGCUUCCAUCAAUGCCUGGUCCCUCACCAGUGAAUCCACCACUACCACCUAUGCCUCAUCCAAUGGCAAUGCAAGGGUCAUCAAACCAGAUGAUGCCUCAAAUGCCGCAGCACUUGAUUGGCCUGAAUCAGCCGCAUCAGGGUCCUGUUCCUCCCAGCAAUAUGCCUCCAAUGGGUGGCUUUCCAAAUGGAAUGGGAAAUAUUCAAGGUGCAUCUCCCAUGGGUGGCAUGUAUAACAGGCCUCAGGGACAAAUGGCUCCACAAGCACAGCCACAGAUGACACCCAUCCCUGGUUUGAGCUCAUAUCAGGUGGGUAUGGGCAACGUGGGCCUUCCACCGCCACCACCGCAGCAUCCACCGUCUCGUGGUUCAGCACCACAAUGAUCUCUUGUAACCCGUGCGAUGCUGAUUGGAAGCCUUCUAUUUUCCAUGCGGUAAAAGUGUCGAACAUUAAUCUUACUCGAGGAACAGACGUUGGUCGUCGGUACAAGGUCUCCGGCAAACCGAGAUAGAUUUCUUGGAUAAUUGUAGCUAGGAUUCUUCUUCUCGUCAUCGUCGGCUAGGAUGCAUUUUGCUGCCCUGAUGUACGGACAGUGCUGUAACAAACAUGUCCACCGAACAGUUUGUUUCUGCUCCCUAUUCAUGCUGUUUGUGUUGUAUUAGUUCUAAUGCUACUGAGGUUUUCAACAUAGACGGAGGUAGCCAGCAGAUUUGAACAAGCAAAUCAUUUCACUUUUACUGUUGUCAGGCAAUGCCUUUCUUCGAUGAAAUUUGUUUGAAUUUUAUGUGCACUGGGUACUGGGAAUGUAGCACCUGAAUACCCGAGACAAAUUUCCAUCGGAAAGAAAUACCCAAAAUA